UUUGUCAGUCGUGCGGUACGUGCUAUCUGUAUAGUCAGUCGGUGCCUGUCUUCGUCGUCGGAUCGUUCGUCCGCGAGAGCUUGUACGACACGGACGAAGGGUUUCGCGUCGUCCUGACUCGUCGAGGGGCGUUCCAUCCGAUACGACGAAUUCUUUCGAUCAUAUUCCCGUGCUUUUAUGUACACCAAUAUGCGCGAGAGAGAAGAGUUUUACAGAGGUUGUUCGUCAGGACAAUCUAGCCAAGCACCACCACCAACAGCCAGAGCACUCGGUUUGGACGCCUUGCAUGGAUUGUGUAAAGAAAUUUAUCCAGACCAAGCCAAUCCUCUUACUGUCACAGCUGUUGUGAAAUAUUGGUUGGGUGGUCCUGAUCCUCUCGACUAUAUAAGCAUGUACGAAAAUCCUGGCUGUCCCGAACUAGGCGUGCCUCCUCAUUGGCAUUACGUGAGUUUGGGUCUUUCCGAUUUGCACGGAGAUGGACGACUACAUCCAAAAAGUGGUCCAGGUCGUCCAAGUGGUUUUGGUUUUGAGCUUACCUUUAGAUUGGUACGAGAAAGAGGCGAAACGACUCCACCCACCUGGCCGGCAAAUGUAAUGCAACAACUGGCUAAAUACGUCUUUAACUCUGGCAACAUGCUGCUUCCUGGUGAUCAUGUUUCAUGGCACGCUCCUUUGGACAAUAGCAGCGGUCGCAUCACGCAAAUUUUAAUGGGCAGAGAUCCUCAACUACCGGCAUCGGUUUCUACUCCUCAUGGCGAAGUUUCAUUCGUACAAAUUGUGGGAGUUACUUCCGAGGAAUUACAAGCAGCUCAACAUUGGAAUGGUCUGGGUGUAGUAAAUCUUUUGAAAACAACAAGGGGUUGCGGCCCGUGGUUGUUGACGGAUAUGAAAAGGAUGCAUUCUGUUAUGGAGGAGGAUCCUUCUGUUGCAGAGAAAAUUCAAUGUGGUAUUGAAAGGGAAGGAUCCAAUUUAAGUGGUGUUUCUGCAAAGUGCUGGUGGGUACAAGUUACCGGCGACAAGAGUACGGAAAAAUAUAGAGAAAUUAAAGAAGAUUCCGACGACGAAGAUAUUAAACCCAUAAUAAAGACAGAAAGAUUAUCUCCUUGUGAACAAGAGAGAGAUACAGGCUUUUCUGAUAUGAAUUGUGUCAAAGUUUUACCGGGAUUACAUUUAACGUUUAACCUCGAAGCUGGAUCCUUGCUACCGUUAGCGAUAAAAGGACGAGUUAUGCACGGAAGGCAUUUUACGUUUAAAUCCAUAUUGUCUCACACAGCUGUGACGAUAGUAGCACCCUCGGUUACAGGUACUUUGGUAUCCAAAGAAAAACCAUACGUUGUUCAAGGCCCUUGGUUACAAGUUUUAUUACCCGAGGAUUUGUCAGAAAAAAUGGCGAACGAAUUUCAGAUCUUAAAUUCGCCAGAACAAAUUCAAUUGCCAAAAACAUUUUCUUGGCCCGAACAUAAGUUGGUUAUAACCGUUGUGAAUGACUGAUAUAUAAAAAAAAAAAAAAGAAAAAAAAAGAAAGAAAGGUAAGGUCCUGUCUCGAAUCUCAUGGAAAAGUUUCUUUCGUAUUUUGUAAUGUUUAAGCUCGUAACAUUGAGAAGGAUUAAAGUAUUAUACGGUUUCGUUAAAAGGCAACUUCGAAACGGAUAUUUAUAACGCGAUCGCUUUUUUUUACGACUAUACAUUUUUUUUAAGUUUAUGUAAUUUAUGAAUUUUAUAAAUCGCGCGUUAGUGUCUAUGAAUACGUGGGAAAGAAUUACGAGGACGUGUAAAAGUGGAGACAAAAUAUUAUUAAUAACAAUUUUGGAAGAAGCGGGAAGGUUGUCGCAAAUGAAACGGAUUGAACAGUCUCUCUUUUAUUAAAUGAUGUCUUAUGCUUCGUAUUUAAUAAUGUAUAUAAUAGGAUAUAACUUAUAAAGUGUAAUGGUAUUUGAUAUACGGCUUUACACAUUGUUAUGUAUAAUAAACGUUUACAUAAAGACGA